AUGUCCACUGCCUCCUCCUCCAGUUCCUCUCAGACCCCUCAUCCCCCGCCGCAGAGGAUGCGGCGCAGCGCCGCGGGCUCCCCGCCCGCCGCCCCCUCCGCCGCCGCGGCCCCGACCGAGCAGGCGCCGCGGGCCAAGGGCCGCCCGAGACGGUCCCCCGAGAACCACCGGAGGAGCAACUCACCUGAGAGACGGAGCCCCGGCUCGCCCGUGUGCAGAGUGGACAGGCCAAAAGCUCAGCAAGUUCGAAACUCUAGUACAAUCAGACGAACCUCUUCUUUGGACACGAUAACAGGACCUUACCUCACAGGACAGUGGCCACGGGAUCCUCAUGUUCAUUACCCUUCGUGCAUGAAAGAUAAAGCUACUCAGACACCCAGCUGUUGGGCAGAAGAGGGAGCAGAAAAGAGGUCACAUCAGCGUUCUGCAUCAUGGGGGAGUGCUGAUCAACUAAAAGAGCAGAUUGCCAAACUGAGGCAGCAACUACAACGUAGUAAACAGAGUAGUCGGCACGGUAAGGAGAAAGAUCGUCAGUCACCUCUUCAUGGCAACCAUGUAACAAUCAAUCACACUCAGGCUACUGGAUCAAGAUCAGUCCCUAUGCCGCUGUCAAAUAUAUCAGUGCCAAAAUCAUCCGUUUCACGUGUGCCCUGCAAUGUAGAAGGAAUAAGUCCUGAAUUAGAAAAGGUAUUCAUUAAAGAAAAUAAUGGGAAGGAGGAAGUGUCCAAGCCCGUGGAGAUCCCGGACGGCCGGAGGGCCCCGCUGCCCGCCCACUGCCGGAGCAGCAGCACGCGCAGCAUCGACACCCAGACGCCCUCGGUGCAGGAGCGCAGCAGUAGCUGCAGCAGCCACUCACCUUGUGUCUCCCCCUUCUGUCCCCCCGGGUCCCAGGACGGUAGUCCUUGCUCAACAGAAGACUUGCUCUAUGAGCGUGAUAAAGACAGUGGGAGUAGCUCACCGUUACCCAAGUACGCUUCAUCUCCCAAACCAAACAACAGCUACAUGUUCAAACGGGAGCCCCCAGAGGGAUGUGAGCGAGUGAAGGUCUUUGAGGAAAUGGCGUCUCGUCAGCCUAUCUCAGCCCCUCUCUUUUCAUGUCCUGACAAAAACAAGGUUAAUUUCAUCCCAACCGGAUCAGCUUUCUGUCCUGUAAAACUUCUAGGCCCUCUCUUACCUGCCUCCGACCUGAUGCUCAAGAACUCUCCUAACUCAGGCCAGAGCUCGGCCCUGGCCACCCUGACCGUCGAGCAGCUCUCCUCCCGGGUUUCCUUUACGUCUCUUUCUGAUGACACCAGCUCGGUGGGCGCCCUGGAGGCCUCCGUCCAACAGCCAUCCCAGCAGCAGCAGCUCCUGCAGGACCUGCAGGGUGAGGAACACAUCUCUGCUCAGAACUAUGUGAUCAUCUAAAGCAAAGGGGGAGCUGGCCUCUACCCUACCUUCACGGAUUAGGAACUAGACCUCAGACAUCUUAUCUGCAUGGAGUGACAAACUUUCGGAACACCACCACCACCAACAGAAUACUUAUCAGCAUCAUAAAGUAUCUCUUAACACUGAUCUUGGCAGGGACGGAACUCCUAUUCACCAGUUUUUGUGGAAAGCAGUACUGCUUGCAAAAUGUGUGUGUCAUUCAGCAUUUUAAGUGGAGACUAUGCAUUUCAUAGUAUGUUUGACAGAUUAGUACUGUGUCCCGUGUUUUGUUCCAAAUUCUUCAGUAUAAAUAAGCUCUAUAUCAAAAAGUUGCCUGUCUAAAUAGAAAAUGUCUUGCUGUGUUUUGUCCUAUGGAAAAUACUGUACUUCAGGAUUAUGUUUACAAUUGAUCCAGGUGUUUGUUUCUAACUUCUGUAAUACAUACAAUGCAAAAAAAUAAUAAUAAUAAAUGGCCACAACAGUUGCACAGUGCCCACCCUAUGGCCUAGCUUCAGGUACUUCAGUUGAAGUCUAAACUCAGGUAACUUGGAAUGUAUAUCAUAUUGGGAUAUUAAAUAUUUCACAGCUAAAAAGCUAAAGAGGGAACAUCACUCUUUUGCCUUUCCUUAUUUUAUGCAUUUCCCUUUCCUCAUUACAUUCCACAUUCUUAGAAUAAGAAGUGCAUUCAACCCUAGGAGAACAAUAAUCCUGGACAUGGGUGAACAUGAGGAGAACCAGCAAAUCUGUGGUGUCUGACAUCAUUUUUGUCAUGCGGUUACAAGUAAAACAACUGUUGAAUUCACUUUUCAACAUGUGUAAAUGUGGCUUUUUUUUUUUCAAACAAGUUCAGGUGUUGCUCAGUUCAUGACUUAUAAUGUUGCAAAGAAAGUGUCUCCGGUACCAGACUGUACAUAAACAUUCCAAUUGUGUGUGAUGGAAUUUAACAAGAAAGUCUAGGUUUAACAGUAAAACAGUGAACUUUCACAGGGGAUGGGUGAGAUUUUCUGUUUAUGUUGGCCAUCAGCGUCAGGAAAUGCUGUUUCAGCUAAAGGCAUAUUGUUCAGUUUCUCUCUCGGAAGUUCUUUAAUUUGAGGGUUUACAAAUGACAUGCUUUUGGUUAUUGUUUUUCUCAAGCAGUUGAGGUGCAUUAGUUGCAUUCAUGUGGAGAGAGAAUGUGUGGGUCUCAGAAGUAAUGCUGCACGGGAAGCUGGCUGUUUGGGGACUUAGAAAAGCAGCAUUUUGCGGCUGUCUCUUCAGGCCUCUCCUCACAGUAUCUUGGAUGGUUCUGUAUUUCAGAUGUGCAAAGUAAAGCAAAAACCCAAGUAAAUUGCCUUGAACUUGCAGACUCAGACCUGAAUUUUCAACAAAGCUGUGUGAAGAGAGCCCUAGAUAAUCCCGAGUGGUCAGUGGAAGAGCCCAACUCUCAAACUUUGUUUUCUGCAGCACAGAGAGUUUCCAAAAGCAAAGGGAAGUUUUCGUAUUUUUAUUCCAUUGCUUUUAGUUCAGUAAAGCAUAGAGUUGUUUCAUCUGUACCUACAGCAUAUGGCACCGUUUUCUUAAGAAUUAGGGGAAUAAGGUGCCUACAGUCACGGGAACGUUUCAGUUCCCUUCAGUCAUUCCUCGGGGUUUCUUGGUUUUAUUUUCUAAGGAGGCUGAAGAAGGAAGAGGUGAUAGAGAAGAAAGCAACACCAUUGAUUUUUUUAAGAAAUGAUAUAUAUAUAUAUAUAUGUAUAUGUUUGCGUGUGUAUGUAUUCUAUGUAUUAUUUUGUUAUGAUCCCAAUUAUCUUCUUUCCACCAAAGUUUGCAGUAAUAUUCUCUCCUGAAGGUGCAUCCUGGCUCCUUUAUAUUAGUCAGUGUUAUAUUGUAGGAGACUGUCAUGGAAAAGGACUCAGUUUACUUUUGCCAUUUUCACAGGGGAACCUUUUAAAACAAUCUCUUCAGCAGCAGACACCUUUAACCCUAAUAAUCUCAGGCCUUGAUGAAAAUACUAUAUUUUGUAGAUUAUGGUUAAAGGGAGAAAAUUAUUAGUUCUGUAAGAUAAAUAUGAGCUCCAUUAACUUCUGAUAACUGGUUUAGCAUUACAUAAUGUGUUGAUCUUACGCUCUGCUUUUGUCCAAAUAUGAUGCAAUAGUAUCAAUAUCAAUUUCUGAAAGUUGGACUGAAUGCUUUUUUGGUGAUGAAAUCUGAUGUACGGUAUUUAUAGUGACAUGUGCUUUUAUUUUCUCAUGAGAAACUAAAUAUUAAUUGUGUUGUACAUUUGUUCUUAGCAUAUAUUAAAGUUUUGAACCAAAUGUGUUAAAGCUUAUGCUUUGCCAUGUAAAUUUCCCAGAAGUUGUUGAGCUCAAAUGUAUCCUACAUCCAGCUGUAGAAAUUUGUCAGAAAUUGUUUAAAUUUUGUAUAUAGUUGUACUGUUUAAUUCUAGCCACUGCGCUGAACAGUAUUCGAGUUACCAUACAAUAUGGCUUUACACGAGGAAAUGUGUGGCUUUUGUUUUGUAUUUUUUCAGUAUAGAAGUUCCUGUGUCUUAUUUAAAUAAAGUUAUUAGUAAAACUGGAAUAGUUCACAUA